GCCGCCCUAAACUCACUUCAGGUCGGGGUCGGACCUGCUCUUCCCAGGGUGCACAUUCCGGAUCUUUCUGGGUCGCGGAAGCCCAAAUAAGGACACCCAAGGAAAUGUGUCAAGAAUGGUUGUUUAGAGUUGCUCUGAGCAGCCGCAGUAAACAGACCGAGGGAGAGAGGAAGACACUAGCAACAGCCCCAGAGCUUAUGGACUCCAUGCUGGAGUCUCGAAGACACCCAAGCAGCAGCCUCCAGAAGGACUUUCCCCAGGUGAAAUCUGAGAAAACCUGUCAGCCUUUGCAAAGAGAACAUCAGAAUCUCCAGGAGCCUGGGCAGCAGCCUAAAAAAUACCUUACCCAGCACCCACAUGAAGACCUGGCUAAAGAUGCAGAGCCUCAGAACUACCUCUUGAGGGAAGUGGAAUGCAUAGCACAGAGGCUGGGGGCGUCCCUGGAGGAGAUCCAGAGGAGAGCUGCGGAGCCACAAGAGAAGGAGAGAGAGCAGAGAAAGUUAGAUGAUAUACUUGAGAAUGCUCGACUGGAAAUUGAAAAAUUGAAAAACAAUCUGAUAAAACUGAAAGAAAGUGAUGCGACAGACCUACGGAAAGCCAAAGAACACAACCAGAGGCUGGACGAGGAAAUUCUGGCUUUAAGAAACCGGGUUCGAUCGCUUGACUCCGAGAAAAAGUUGCUUGGAGAAAUGGUCUUGAAGUUUUCACAAGAAUUGGAACAGUUAAAAUAUUGCUCUGUAGGGGACAGAACUGCCAAUUUAAUGACAAGCAAGAAGCUCUGUGAAGAUCUGGUGUCGAAAGUGCCACUUUUGGAAGUAGAGGUUCUGAGCCCAAGUGAAGAAAGACAGGCACUCUGUUCCAAACUAGGAGAAAAUAAGCAGGAAGAAAUGCCAGAGGUGUCAGUGAAGGCGGCCACUUCCCCAAGAGAGAGGCGGGAGGAGCCACAGCAGAAUGGAGACUGGAGAGGCCAUGUGCAGCUGUUGGCCGGGGAGCGCGGAGAAGCUGGGAGGCUUGGAGAACUGAGCCUCCAGCCUCAGAGCUGUGGGGAUAGUUCAGAUGACAGUAGCACCCAGUACCUAACAUCUGGAGAGAAAGCGAACUGCCAGCAUCACGGGGAAGUGCAGCAGCUGCGACAGAACCUGCACCGCCUGCAGAUCCUGUGCAACUCGGCUGAAAAGGAGCUGCGCUACGAGCGGGGCAGGAGCUCAGACUUCAAACAGCACAACAGUUUGCUGCAAGAGGAGAACAUGAAGAUCAAAAUCGAACUCAAGCAGGCCCAGGAGAAGUUGCUGGACAGUGCCAGGAUGCAGUCCUCGCUCACGGCAGAGUGGAAACACUGUCAGCAGAAAGUCAAGGAGCUGGAGCUGGAAGGGCUUCGGCAGGCUCAGAACAUUAAAUCCCAGCAGAGCCUGCAGGAAAAGCUGGCUCGAGAGCAGUCGAAAGCAGCCGAAGCACAGGAGAAGAUUUUGGACCUGCAGCAGAAAUUAGACCAUGCUCGACAAGUCUGCCUUUCAGAUGCUUGUGUUUUGCAUAAGAAACAACUAGAGGAGGAGAUCAAGGAAGCAAGGAGCAGUGAGGCUAGGCUGCAGCAGCAGUGUCAGGAGGAGCAGCAGAGGAGGGUACUCCUGGACCAGGACAUAAAUGAGCUCCAGAAGCAAGUGAGAACCUUGCAAGAGAAGGAGGACCAGCUGGAAGCAACCAAUUCCCAGCAGCAAGAGGCUCUCCGCAAACAGCUGGAGAAUGAGAGCAGAAAGUGUAAAGAGUAUGUCAAGAGCAACCAGGAACUGUCAGAGAAACUAUCAAAGUUACAGCAAGAAAAGGAUGCUCUCUGGCAAGAACACGGGCGGUUUUUGGAGCAACUUGGUGAGCAUGUGAGAAACUACAAAGACAAACACCACUGCCACAAAGUCAAGCUUCAAAAGGUCAAGGACCGUCUAACCCAUGAGUUAGAAAUACGAAAUAAGAGGAUUAAAGAACUCGAAGAUGAAACUGGGAAACUGCAACAAAAGAUUGAACUGGAGAAGGAGUUCCAGGGUCAGAUCAUGACCCAAAAUGACAUCCUCCUCCUGGAAAAGAGGAAGCUGCUAGAACAAGUCACAAAUCAAGAAGAACUGAUCUGCAGCAAUAAGUCCACAGUCUCUGCAAUCCAGAGCAAGGCGUUUUUACUGGAUAAAGAAAACCAGCAACUGCAGGAAAACUGCCUCCGGCUCAUGCAGCAAAUCAGUCUCCUAGAACGCAUUAUAAGGAGCAUCCAGAUUCGCAGAGCGGAAGAAACGAUAAUCAGUGACAAUGCUGCUUUUGAAAUACUCAGAAAGAUACUACCUUUGCAGAGCUCCAGUUUCUCAGGAACAGGUUUGGUAUUGUCAGCUGAAAAUCUCCAGGAGACUGAACUACAUAAAUCAGAAGGAACAACAGCAGUCCCCAAGUCCCCUGAACCUCUUUCAUGUUCACAGAAUUCUGAAAGUGGAUAUAUAAAUGUGACUUCUCUAAAAGGGACAUACAACAUGCAAGGGGACCAAAAGCUGGGACUGUGACAUCACUGCUGUCUAAGACAAUGCUAACUGAACCUAGUAACUCAGACCAUGGAUGGAAAGACGCAAACUGACCUGGAGAGGUCUCACAGAACACCCUGGAAAGCAGCAAGGAGUCUCCAAAAUCGCUGACUAAACAGUCAUUAAAAGCUUUCUAAAGAUGGAGUUGUUGUUUGUUUGAUAGACCCAUUAAUAAUGAUUU